AUUGUUAUAGAAAUUAGUUUCAAGUUAUAUUGCUUUGCAUUAAGUUGCGGCAUGCAUACUAUAGCAAGCCAUGUUGUAACAAUUUAUAAUUAGAACUAUGCAAUAGAAUACUGCUUCAAUUUUUAGAAACUAAUUUUUAAUUUUAAUGUAAUUAAAUUUGUUUUAUGUACCAAUUACGUUCCUUGAUCUGCAGACAAAUAUUUUAUGCCGGGAUAUAAUAAUAUGGAAUCGAUCCAGCAACCGUUUUAAUGUAACCAAGUAAAGUUCCAUCCACCAGUUUUAAAUAUUUAUUUAUUGUGAGGUUAAGCUCACAUUUUAGUAUUCUUUCAUGCAAGUGUAAAAAAUGAAUCAUGUUAACGCAUUACCAGAGAUGCCCCGACAUCCUCCACCAUGUAGUAUUAAUGUAAAACAAGUCAGAUUCAUGGGACCUAGCAGAGAUUUAGAACUAAGCACUUUUGAAUUACCAAGAUCGCCUCUGGUGUACACAGCUGCACCUGUUACAAAACCUUCAAUCCCAUUGCCUUUACCAAAAACGAGUCAAGCAUGUCAAACAGAAACACUUUCAACUGUGAGUAAAAGUUGUCAAACAGAUUCGGAUAUUCAGGACGUUGCUUCCAACAUUCCUGUGAACGAUCUUGUUACGAUGAUUCAAAGGCAAGAUCAAAAGCUGGAGAGUUUACAUGAGAAGUUGGAAUUGAUAUUGUGUCGAAUUGAUGAAAAGAAAGACUGUUCUUGUAACACAAUUCCAUCUGAGGCUGAUAUUCCAACUAUAUCUCCACCAGCACUGGAUAAUGUAUUGGGACAAGUGGAAAUGAUGUUGAACACUCCUAGAACACCAAUAUUAAGAAAUGAUUUGUCCAUUCCAAAAGUGGAUCAAAGUGCUGCUUUUGAUGCAUUGGCCAUGAAAUAUCUUCGUGGAGACGAAAUUAAUAAAAUUGCUAAACCGAAGAAAGAGACUGAUAUGUCGCUGGCGACUGCUGCUUAUCUACAACGGCAUCGUCUACCUCAUUAAAAUUAUGCAAUUUAGUAUAAAGAUCUCAUUUAAAUAAUUUAUUGAAAUUGAUGUUAAAGGAAAAUACUGACCAAUAUAGAAGUUUAGAGUAAGUAUCAAAAACAUUUAAAUUGUAUAAUUAAAUAUAAUAAUUGAAGAUAGAAUUGUAAAAAUUAGUAUAUAAUUUAAUUUUUCUGCAUCGGUAUAGAAUUGAAAAUAUAUUUA